AUGGAUAACUCGAUACCUGACUCACUUAUUGACUUGACGAUAGAGCCAGAGCUCUAUCUUGUCGUCUUUCCCACGGAGUUUCCUCCAGAGGGAGAAUGCGAUGAACAGGACAUCGACAUCGGCUUCACUAAUUCUCCCGCUAUAGGGGAACUCAUGGAGAGAUCUACCAGAGACCCCAACCUACCAAAAUGGGAAUUUGUGGACCUGAGUCACCUGAGCAAAAUCGCCAAGGAGCGGAUAUUGAUGAAGCAUAAUAUCAAAAAAGAAGACUGCGUGAAGGUGAAGGGGUGGGAUAAAGAAGACUACGGCUUGUGGAUCACUCCUGGACUACUCUCCGCACUGGAACUAGCCAAAGUAUACAACAUACAAUACGAAUGGAAUUCCAGCGAAAAAUGCUUUGCAAAGACUGGCUACACAAACAAGCACGCUAUUGCGGGCAAGGUUAAAGCUGCCGAGCGCCUGGGUUGGAGGUGGAAAAUAAAUGUGACGGUUAUCCUAGUGAAGAACGAGGAAGAGCUUACGAAGCUGCGGGAUGAGGAUGGGGGACCUAAGCGAAUUGCGUUAUGGGAAUGCGAGGGUGAGGGGGUCGAAGGUUGGAUUACAGAUGGCUGCGUCCUCCCUAGCAAUGAUAACAUUGAUGGCAUAACAAACCACGCAUUCCUGAGAACACUUAUCGACGAGCUCAUCGAAAGGCCAGGCUUCCAGGGAUGGGAAGCCGAAGACCUACACGUCUACAAGACGGGCUACACGAACAGCUACUCCAUCGCUAAGGGAAUUGAGCGCAUUUUGAAGUUGCCAGGGCGGCCGUAUUCGCGAUUCGACAAAUACGACGUAAAGCUAGUUGCUAGCGAGAAGGAUUUCAAGAGAUACCAAGACAGUGAUGGUAUACUCACCAUUAUAAGGCGUGUAUGUCCUGUUGUCGACGAAAGAUGGGGUUUAACCAAAAAGCGGUUGGUCACCCCUGGAUUAAUGUCAAAGCUGAAUGAAGCCUGGCUAUUACUGGACAUGCAAAAGGUCCACAAGAUCACCUAUUGUGACAGUAUGGGAAGCACAAAAUCCAAGACUGGCUAUACAAACAGCCCGCAACUCAUGAGGAUCAUCAGACUCAUCAUCGCGCAGCUGCCCUCGGAGUCAUGGGCUUGUGAGCCUGUUUUCCCCAAGAACGAGAAAGAAUUGAAGGCACUUCAAGAUAGUGAUGGUGAGGAGUGCAGUCGCUGGAAUAGAAGUGAGGGAGAGGAAGGUCACGACGACGAGGAAGAAGGCGGAGAUGAUGGAUGGUGCACGAAAGGACUGCGGCUUGCAUACGAAACAUUUGCACUCGAAGCGCUCAAGGCCUUGGACGAAAAGGAACAGAGAAAAGAAGAGAAGUCGCCCAAAGCAUUGGCAAAGCGAAAAAAGUACAACUGGCUCAUCAUACGAUACGAAUAUCCCAACGACGAAGAGGGCAAGACGUUCAUCAAAUAUCUGACAGCAAAUCGAGGCAAUAAUUCCCAAAAGGUUCUGAAGGACUGGCAAAAGAGAUUGCUACAAUCGGAAGUGGCAAGGGGCGCUGGAGUGCACUGGGGUAGGGAGCGGAUGACCCGUAACUUGUAUAUGAUCUUCAAAGAGGCUAGGGAGGGUAAGGAGGGCAGCGAUGAGUCUUUGAAGCAUAUGCUGGAUGUGUUUAUGGGGAAGAGAUGA